UUUGAUCCGUAGAUCGGUUCAGGGCGCUCUGCCAAAAUGUAAAGGACAAAAAAUAUUUAAUAGACUGUAGUUUUUAUACAUUUUUUUUCUUUGUAGGAUGUUUUUGUGUUUUGUAUUAGUUUUUUUAUUUCACUCUUUUCCUAGCGAUGCACAGCUAGAGAAACAUUACCUCCACUACAAGUUUACAGCCAUUUCCAAAACAAACACAUUCCCAGAGUUCAGUGCUGUGGCUGUUUCUGAUGGCAGACGGGUCGUUCACUACAAUAAUAAAAGUAAAUCCUGGGUAAGAGAGAGUCUGACUGAUGAUGACUGGACCAAAUCUCCUUCACUACCACCUGAUUCUAGAGAGUGGUUCAUACAUCAGAUGAAGACUCUCUCAAACUGUGGAUACUCAGGGUGUUCUGAGCUCCAUGUUCUUCAGAGAAUAAUUGGUUGUGAACUAGAGAAACAUUCUGAUGGAACAGUGCAUCAGUCUCUCUUUGAUGAAUAUGGAUUUGAUGGAGAGGAUUUUAUUGCUUUUAAUUCUGACACUAUGCAGUGGAUUGAUAAAAACCCCAAAGCCACAGAAACCAAAAUGGAUUGGGACCAUCAAACAGAACGCAACCAGUUUGUCAUGGGUUACCUCCAGACCUGUGUCCACUGGAUCUCAACAUUUAACAACACAAAAAAGAGUCGACCAAAUGUUUAUGUCUUUGUGGAGAGGUAUAAACAGCACAAACAGGUUCUGAUCUGUCUGGUCACUGAUUUCUACCCGAAAGAUAUUGAGAUGAAGAUUAGAUUGAACAGAAUUAACAUGGAGAACCAAACAUCAUCUGGAAUCAGACCAAAUGGUGAUGGAUCCUUUCAGAUGAGAGCCAGUGUGGAGAUUGACAAAAAUGAUGAAGGAUCUUAUGACUGUCAUGUCAUUCACAGCAGCCUGACAGAACCAGCUUCAGUAGAAUGGGAUGCAACACGUAUUGACUGUGCAACAAAAUCUCAGUGGCCUCUCAUAGCAGGAAUAGCUGUAUUACUUGUUAUUACAGUUCUCACUCUGAUUGGUUACUACUUCCUCAAAAAUUAUCAUAUGAACCGUUCUGAUGUCCAAACUACAGGUGAAGACAGGGACACUGGAAACAAAAGGAAAAAUAAGAGGAAACGUGGCAAAAGGUUCUAUAUUCAGUGCCGCCCCCAUAAUUCUAGCUAGUUAGAAAAGAAAUGGCUCAUUAAGUCAGAGCAGGCUAAAGAACUGACCUGAGUUUGGUGGAUAUAGUUCUAAAGCUCUAGGAGGAGUUAGAUUUGAAAAUUUUAGCCUCAGAAGAUGAAAAAGUAGCAGUUUAACAAUGUACUCACAUUAUAGGCACGGUUGCCUUGUACCAAAUAACUUAUAUUGUAUUGACAAGAAGUGAAAGCCAAUGGAACGUUUCAGCAGCCCUACGCUUCCGCCAUUUUGGAGUGAACGUAACUGGGCAGUCCACUAGCUUCUUGCUGUCACUAUGGCAAAUAUCAGCGUACUGUAAUCUUUGUUCGUUAUUACUGCAAUAAAAAAGAGAUGACAACACAGAAUAAUGUACAAUCACUAGACUAGUGAUUAUCAAAAACAGACUUUGUCUUUCAUUUAUUUUGCACAAAUCUUUGCUCUCUAGAAACCAUGUCAACUUCGGUUGAAAUUCCUAUUUUAGAAAAUUGGGAAUGUUAGGCAAUAAAUAUAUAACAGCUUUACAGUAAACUGCAAAUUGCAGUAUUGCCUUCUCUUAAUGUCCGUUAAAGCAUGACUGUAGACAAAAAAAAAUGUUGAUGUAAAAAAAUACAAACAGCCACUGUCUCUGUAAUUAUUUAGUUAUGACAGACACAGCAGUGCAUCAUGUUCUGUAAGAUCAUCAUGCUUGUAGUGUGUUCCAGGGAUUAAAAUGUAGCCUACAAUAUAAUGUAUAAAUACAAUAAUAUAUGUCAGACCUAUAAUAGUAACUAAUAAUAAUAGUAAUGUGUAACGUUGCAUAAAAUAAAAAUACGCUGCCUCAAAUGUAUAAUUAAUGGUUGGAUUCCACAACUGAUAACAUAAUACAUAAACAUAAUAAUACAAUACAACAUUUACUGUAUUAGUCAUGAAAUUUACUGAUUUGAGAAAUGUGAGAUUCUCCAAUUUUGAGUGCGUAAGAUGUGAUGGAUUCUGAUCCGUAAAAAAAAAAUCUAACCAUGUAGAGUGACUUUUUGCACUUUAUCGUGUCACACACUACUUCCCUGCGGUCAUUGCGCUCUUUUAUUUCUACUUUGAGUUCUCUUUAGUUGUCAUUCUGUCUGCUUCUGUGCUGUUGUCCAGUUGGCAUUUUCACUCCGAAAUCGCGGCCGCGCUACCGAAGCGCCACCUAGUGGCUGUUACCAAAAAAGCAUCAGAGUUUCGCCCCUUGGUAUUCUAUACUCUUUGCUUGUACCGAGCCUGUCGUAAUGAUGACAGUAGCACGCACAAAAGUAGUAGCUGCUCCAGCGGAAUCAUAGCGCUCACACUGCGUAACCAUGCAAGCUCAGUCGAACCAUGCUCAAGCCCACCUCUUUAAGCGGCCCAGGGCAUGGUACUGAUGAUCACACUAUUCAAGCAAACCUGGCUUUAGAUGUCAGACAUGCUUGGGCACAAUUCUGAUCAGGUUAACUAGCACUUAAGAAGAAUUUUUUUAUAAAAUUUCUGUAAUAUGUGAGAUUGCAUAGUUAGGAGUUUGUGGAACAAAGUGUCUGUAAUUUGAGGGUUUAUAUAUAUAUAUAUAUAUAUAUAUAUAUAUAUAUAUGGUUUAUUUUGCAGUAUGUUAAAGGCAGGGAAAGGCUAGCAAUAGCAAUAAGAUCCCAGCCUCCUUGCAAAUUACCCUCCAAAGUCACACCUCCUCCAGAAAACAUGAAUGCGAACAGACAGGCCAGAAACUGACCUUCAACACGACGAGAGACGGCAUUGGUGGAGGGUUGAAUGUAACGCUGUCAGAUUACCUUGUGUCUCAUUUACCGGUGAGAGAACAUAUACAGUACCAAGCGCAUAAUAUUAAUAAUAACGCCUUCCAUUCUCGUUCACUCUGCAGUAGUGUAAUGGAAUGUGUGAUGACGUAUAUAUAAAUACAUUUAAACUACUUAACUUAGUGAUUGCUAUCAGGAUGUGAAGAGACUUUUAAUCUCAAUCAUGCUGAUUGACACAUAGCUAAAGUGUGUGCACAGAAGGCUGCAUACCUCAGACAGCAUGAAUAGUCACACACAAUUAAGUCAAAAAGUAUUCACAUAAACAGUCACUUGUGGUUAAAAUAAUGUGAACUGUUGCAUGAAAACCAGAUGUUUCUCAGUAUGUAGAAUAAAUGCAAUCAGUCUUAAAUUAUUUCUGUCAUUUGUUUAAAUAUUUUAUUACUUAUUUCCUCACUCUUUCAAUUCUUGCUGUUGUUAUUAAAUCUUAUACGGUAAUUGUGUGGUUUAAAGAGAUAUUUUUUCUUUAGGAAUAAAUGGUAAAGGAAUCUAUCAAUUUUUAAGGUUUUUAAUGUUACAGGGCUAUAUUGAUGAAGAAGUAAUUUUCCACUAAAUAUUUGUCUUUCUUUGUUUUGUUUUUUUUCUUUUCUUCCAUGUAAUCAAUACAAUUCCCAAAAAUAUAAAUAUGUUUUCAUUACUGUAAAAGUGUUUUUCAGAUGCAUACUGUAAAUGUGCCACAGCAUGUGCAGUAUUAGGAAAUA